AUGGAGCUAAGCCAUGUUGACACCAAAUGCAAGAUAUCGUCUUACUCCGGCCGUCAUAUGCUAUGCGAUGCACUUAAGGUGGGAUCAAAUGUUGUGGUAAUCGUAGCCAGGAACGAGAGCGAUACUUUUGAAAACAGCGCUCCAAUUGUAACAGAAAUCGCACUUCAGAUUUGCAAUGUGUGCCCCGAGACCGUCACGAUCGUCGGCACCGAGCCGGUGGAGAGCAUGGUGCCGCUCGUCAGCGAGAUCCAGCGUCUGCGCGCGGUGUACAACCCGCGGAAACUGCUCGGCUGCGUGGAGCUCAACUGCGUGCGGGCGAACACCGUGCUCGCGGACUUCCUGCGGGUGCCGCCAGAGGGGGUGCGGGUGCCCGUUGUGGGGGGGGCGACCGCCAGCACGAUGGUGCCCGUGCUAUCGUCGGCGGUGCACCCGGGCACCAUGACGCAAGAGCAGGCGAGUUUCGACAAUAGGACA